CGUAAAAACUUAAAAUUUACAUUAAAAAAAUAUAAAAUUUUAAUUUGGUUUAUUAGAACAAAAGGAUUUAAUAUUUUUAAUCGCAUAUAAUAUAUUUUAAUAAGAAAAACAUAUUGCUGUACAAUUAUUUAUUUUUCAACAGGAUAAAGGACCAAGUUGACAGACAAAAUCAAGCCCAGAGUCUCUUGUACGUUUGGUUUGGUAACUACUAGUAUAGGCUUCCACAAAACCGGUCUGUGCUUCAUUUCCGAUACUCUCAAGCUCCAUUUCAGCAUCUACAGAGAAGAACUCAGCAUCCCAUCAAAAUCGAAUCCAAAUUAUGCUCUCAGGGCUGGCUACUGGAGGUCACUUGCAGCCCAAAUUUAUCAAUUUGCAAACAAGGCAUGCUCCUGGUUUUGAGGUGGGGAAAUUAUAUUUUUCAAGAUUUAGGCCUCAUUUGAAUAACAGAAUCACUUGCAAAUUUUCCCCAUUAGAGAAAGUUGCAUUUACUAGUGAGGAACAUGAAAAGAACUGGCCUUUGGUUAAGAUGUGUGGAAUUACAAGUGCUAAGGAUGCUGCGAUGGCGGCAGAAGCUGGAGCUAAUUUUAUUGGGAUGAUACUUUGGCCCAAUUCAAAACGUUCCAUUUCACUUUCUUUAGCAAAGGAAAUUUCAGAAGUCGCAAGGGAAUAUGGAGCAAAACCUGUUGGGGUGUUUGUGGAUGAUGAUGCAGACACAAUAUUGAGAGCUGCAGAUGCUUGUGAUCUUGAAUUUGUUCAGCUUCAUGGAAAUGGUUCACGGGCAGCUUUUCCAGAUUUAGCUCAAAAACAAAUAGUAUAUGUUCUUCAUGCAAAUUCAGAUGGAGACCUUCUAAAUCAAAUUUCAGAUAAAGAUUGUUCAAUGGCUGAUUGGAUUCUUGUGGAUAGUGCAACAGGUGGCAGUGGCAAAGGAUUUAACUGGGCGCAGUUUAAGCUACCACCAAUUAGAAGCAAGCUUGGGUGGCUCUUGGCAGGAGGGAUCAACCCUGACAAUGUUUAUGAAGCUCUAUCUACCCUGAAACCUCAUGGUGUUGAUGUCAGUAGUGGCAUUUGUGGCUCAGAUGGCAUUAAGAAAGAUCAAUCGAAAAUAUCUUCCUUCAUGAGUGCAGUCCGUUCUGUGCAGUAUUGAUUGGUCAUGUGCAAGGGAAUCGAUCAGUAACUGCCAGACUGCAAAGCACCUGAUCAUAUCGCCGAAAAGACAUUAAAUUUUUACUAUGUAUUCAAUUCCAUUUUACUUUUGUCCAUCUCGGGGUAAAAAUGUGGAUGUAGCAUAAGCUUUUCCUCAUGCUAAAAUACUACCAGCACCUAAAAUUGUAAAUUUGACUGUUUUAUUCAUUUACUUGGAGCAA